AUGGAGCAGAGAAAUGUCCACUAUCGAUCGCCGACGACACACAACAUGCCGGAGUGUGUUCGACGGUUUUUCAUUGAGAUUCUCCCGAAAUAUCUUCUGAUGAAACGACCGCCUCGACCACACCACAAGAAGAAGGAGCCGCGAACGACAUUCAGCACACCGCAGGGUAAUGCUACCGGAAUGUCCGAUCAC